GUCGUGGGCGCAGCGAAGUACUCGUCAACUGUCAAAAGUUCAGUGACAUUUAUUUAUACUUUAACGUGCUCUCGGGACAGGUGUGUUUAUAAUAAACAAGUGUUAUUAUUUUGGAUUUGUGAUUAAGCUAUGAUAUAUGGAGAGUUCGAUUAAAAGAUGAGAACUGGACUUAUGAUGGAAAACAAGAUAUUUGGACUAUUGGUUAUAUUGUUAUUGGCACCUGACGCACUAUCAAAAUCAAAAUCACGACUAGCGAAACUACAGGUCGAUGCGCUGUCUAAGACGAGGUGUGAUUUGACGUGCAUUGACGUCGUCAAGGAAAAUAGAUCAGAAUGCCGUGCACAGUGCCGGGCGCAAGAGCAAAAGCCGGGUACAUGCCCCGGUGAAGACCUGCCUCAGUGGCAAGCCGCUUGUGUCAAAACCUGCGACUUGGACUACCAGUGCGAUGGCACGCAGCGGUGCUGCCACCACGGCUGUGGGUCUACCUGCAGCGAACCUACAGACCUACUGACAUUGCCAGGACUCCCAGCAUUACCAAUCAUAGAAGAAGUGAAAGAGAAGCGGAAAUCAAUUCUCAUUAGAUGGUCCGAUGGCGUUGGAGACCUAGCCCGAGCAGUGCCUGGCAAGAUUCUGUAUCUGCUUGAGGAGCAACACCAUCUCGGACCGAAAUAUGAGGAGACGAGGCUUGGAGGAUGGAAUCUACUAUUAAGAACCAAUAAAACGAGAAUUUCUCUCCGCAACGUGCUGAAACCAGGUCGCUGGUACCGCUUCAGGGUUGCCGCUAUUAGCUCAGCUGGUAGCAGAGGUUUCUCGUCGCCCAGCCUUCCCUUCUACCCUAGGAAGGGACCCAGGGCGCCUCCACCGCCCAAACGCUUAAGGGUGCGCCCGGUGCGAACUGAAAACGGUACAGUAACCGUUCGGCUCGAAUGGAAGGAGCCCAACUCGGACUUACCGGUGAACAGAUACAAAGUGUACUGGAGCCGUCGUGUCCGCGGCGUGACAGGGGAUCUUGAUUCUGUUCUAGUAAACCAUCUGACAGUUCCUAGGGACAAAACCUACGCUGAAAUAAAAGAGCUAAAACCUAACUCAAUGUAUUUCUUGCAAGUUCAAACGAUCAGUCAAUUUGGCACUGGCAAGCUUCGAAGUGACAAAGCGGCCGUAUUUUACAACACCACGAGCACCCCCGAUAUUCCGCCACAGUCUCUUAAAAAACAUGAAAAAAGUAAAAGGGUUGUCAAAAAUCUAAAACUGCACAAGGUUAUUUGGCAAAACGGAAAAUUGAAAGCUAGAAUAUCCUGGAGUCCCAUUUCUUCAAGCGAGAUUAGAAGAUAUGUUGUACAGUGGCGAACGGAAAAAUGUGAAAAUCCCCAACACGAAAAUAAAGUUAUGUCGGCAACUACUGAGCAAACUUCAUUCGAAAUUUACGAAUUGGAUUAUGAUUGCACUUACAAAGUGAAUGUAAAUAAAUCACGGAAAAGUGUAUCUCCAGACUCAGAAAUCUUAGUUGCUGUUCCUGGGUGUGACUACUUUCAACGCCGAAUGAAUGGCACAGUUUUUAAUUGUGACCUUUAAUAAUUCUGUAUCGCUAAUUUAAAACCAUUUCGCCUGAGCUACUCAUUUAACAGUAUUAUAAUAAAAUAUAAUAUUUCAACAUCUUGAGAGACUUAUAAAAAACUACACAUUCCUAGUUUGUUAAAAAUGUCUGGAGUAACAACUUUUUAGGGUAUUCAAAACACAGCAUCUUUCAGAAUUUGCUAUACGCAACAUAGUGUAGUGUACUUAAACAGUAAUGUAUUCCAUAAUAAUUAUUAGGUAACAUUUAAGGGUCAUAUAGACGAUCAAGCAAAUCUUGUCACUAAAAAAAGGCGCGAAAUUAACCUUUGCCGCUACGUUUUCUAUACAUUUUUUUAAGUACAUAUAUUAUGGGUUGUCGAUUAUUCCGCUAACGUCAAGGUUUAGGAAAGCAAGCUUUAUGAAGAUGAUUGGCCGGUAAGCCCUACAUUUGUCAAAUUUUCCGCCUUUUUCUAGUGACAAGAUUUGCUUGAUCGUCUUUAAAUAGUAAUACCUCUACAUACCGCGUGAUACGAUUCAAAUUGAAACUAUAACGCAAUAAAUGUGUCUCUCUCUUUAUCUUUCAUAUGAUUAUUUUAUAAGGAAAUGAUAAAAUUUAACGAACAUAUAGAGUGUUAAGACUGGAGACUGUUGCAAGCAAUGUCAAAAAAAUAAAUAUAACUGGAAUGUAUAUUCUACCAUUUUUUCCCAAGGAAAUUAGAUAAGCUACAUAUUUAUAUACUUAGUUGUAAUAGUUUAAUUAAAUAUAGUGUAAA